AUGACCAGUUGGAAGACGCUCACGCUGGGAGGCUGUGCCAAAUUCGAGAGCGACACCCGAUGCCGACGACCCACAACUGGACGCAAACUGUUUGGCGGCUACCGCAUCACCCCCAAGCACUGCCGGGCCACGAAGACGCUGCCCAGCUCCGAUCCCCGCGCGAAUGGCCCCACAAUCUGCAUGUUCAAUCACGAGUGCGCCCAACGGGGCGGCGAGGUGUCGCAGUCAUCGUCCUCUAGCAUUGAGUUCGAGCAGGAGCCACCUGCUCAGCAGUCGGCCAACGAGGUGAUCAUUCAAACUGAUCUCAAUGUGCAGAAGGUUCAGCAACAGCAGCAGCAGCAGCAGCAGACCAUUCUGCCACCCACUGUCCAUGUGCACAAGCACUCGGUGACCAUCAACUCGCCCUCGUCGCCGCCGCAAAACGAUGACUUUGUGAUGCAGGUACUCAGCACCUUGCCCCCGGAGCAUGCCGACGAUCAUCGUAUCUUCUUCACCACGGAAGUGCCCAUGAAGAUAGCCAGCGGCUUGCAGGAGCAGACCAGCUCCGAGUCCAGCUCCUUCGAGGAGGCCCCGGCCACGACGCCAGCCACAAAAAAACCCACAGAGAAGCCAAAGCCAAAGCCCAAGCCGAAGCCCAAGCCUUCGAAUGUGCACCAUCACAAUCAUCUGAUACUGGACGGAGGAGAGUUCACCCACAGCGACAUCACCCAUCCGGGAGCCGAUGCCGAUCUCGUCGAGGAUCUGCAGUUCUCCACCGGCUACGGACCUCAGCCUGUAUACGCGGAUCCGCCACAGCAGGUGCAGCAGCAGCAGCCGGCAGAACAGAGCUACAUUUCCAAGCGGCCGGCAGCAGGCACCACAGUUUCCUCGAUCACCACCCACGUGGACUCCAUCGAGUCGAUCAUCCUGCAGCUGAACAACACCAGCCAUGGACCCAGCUACAAUGUCGUCAGCCAGCAGACGCCCUCGUAUGGCUAUGGAGGCCAGACUGCGGCUCAGAGCGAGGCUCCAGCAGAGGCGAUCACUGCCCAACCCAAUCCCAGCUACUACCAGGAUAGCGCAGCCAGUGAGGCGGAGAAGGUCCAGGACUACGGCUACACGACCACAAUCAACUACGAUGCCAUCUACGACAAGGUUUCUGAGGAGCAGGAUGCCUCCGCAGCAGCCAGCCAGUCGGCUGAGUCGCAAACAGCGCGUCCCGGCUACGGGGAGGACACCUCCGCCGUGUUCGAGGAUCACACCAUGCCCGCCAAUAGCUACCACGAUGCCUUGGCUGAUGCUGCUCCCCAGACCUCAGAGUUCAACAAGAUGCCCGUGCCGGUGAUGGGCGUUGCCUAUCCCGUGGACAUCGGCUCCUACGAGGCGAACACCGAGUCCAACUACCAGAAGCUGUCCACUGUCCAAACGGAGCAGCCCCAGCCCGUCCCCACCUACGUGCGCCCCACGACCAAUGCCAACAAGCCCAAUCGUCCCGUUGCCUCGUACAUCGGCAUGGUGACGAUGCAGAACUACAACCAGCAGCAGCAGCAGCACCAACAGCCAUCGGGAGGCGACCAAUACCAAUCCCAGCUGCCCGCGGAGGUGUCUGUGUCCUCGCACACCACCAAAGUGCAGGAGCAGUACGACGAGACCUCGCACGGAUAUCAGCCGCAGACGACCACGCCUGGUUAUGCCUCCACCACCCAACUGGCAGCCCAGCAGGCCUCCCUGCCGCAGCGUCCGCAGUACGACAGUGUCCAGGAAGAUACUGCAUCCUCGGAGCGUCCCGUGCUGAUCACCGCCAGUCCCAGACCACGGCCCAAGCCUAGCACAAAGCGGCCGGGCGUGAAGCGACCCAUCAGCCAGGAGAACCCCAAAAAGAAGCCACAUCCCCAGGCCAGCAGCAGCUACGAUUCCGGGGAGUCACCCAUCACACACAUCCAGAUCAAGAAGCCCUCGUCCAGCUACAACAAGGACCAGGAGACGCAACAGUCUGGCUAUCCCAGGCCAGCAGUCGGAGCGGGCUACGAUCAGACCACAGCCUCGACGACAGUGACCAGCUACGAUGAGCCAGCACGUCCGGGCAUCAACUAUGAUCAGCCAGAUCCACCUUCGGCUCCAGCCUCCGGCUCCGGCUACGAUCAGCCAGAGGCUCCAACCUCCAGCUACGGGCAAGCCCAACCAGCGGCUCCACUCGCACAAUAUGAUCAACCAGCGCCACAGCCCCAUCCGGAGCUGCAGCCAUCCCUGAGCUACAAUGAGCAGUCGGUGGCCAGUUCUCCGGGUCGCCAGCCCUCCACAUCGAAGCCGAUUGCCACCAGCUAUGUGACCGGACCCAGCACUCCCCGUCCGCCUGCCACCGUGGACUACCACUACGACAACGUACCGCCGCUGUUCAUGGCCGACGACAAGUUGGACGCGUUCAUCCAGAGCACGGCGGAGAAUAUUGUGGGCUCCACACCGGGCAACUAUCAGCCGCCGCUGGUGGCAACUGCAUCGACGCCAGCCUACGCACACCGACCCACAAGCAGCAGUGGCACCUACGGAGGCCACAAGAAGCCUGGUUUCGUCCAGAUCAAUGGAUCUCCGAGACCGCCGCGUCCGACGGUGCUGAUCACGCCCAAGCCCACGGCUAUCAACAACCUGGCCUCCACCACAGGGGGCUCGUUUGUGUACAACCAGAUAGUGACUCGACGACCAGGAGGUGCACCGGUUAGCUCCAACGACUUCGAGGACCCUGGCUACUUUGGCGGCAGCCCCGCGCACGUGUCCUUCACGCAGUCCUCAACGGAAUCGUCCUACGCCGUGCCCUCCGACGACAAGCCCGCUUUCCCCGGAUACUUCGGGCCAACGCCUUCGUAUCCGGCCUUCUCGGUGCCCGGAGAGAAGGUGGGCCAGAAUGUGAUGGAGGAGACCUACACCUCGCCGAACGACUUUGUCAACUUCCCGCCGGUGCGCAAUCCGAAUCUGAACAUGUCCGCCGCCUCCAGCGCCGUGACCAGUGACCUGGAUCUCUCCACGCCCGCCUUCGUCGAGGAUGUGGUGCUGAAGGACAAGAUGCACACGCUGGUCCACAAGCUGGUGGCCUCGCUCCAGGGCAACUUCGAGGCUCUGGCCGACAUGAUUGACGAGCCCACGGGCAACAACUCCGCCGCCACGUAUCAGGCGGGAGCUGGUGCUGGAGGAGCAACCACUGCCACCCGCAAGCCCACGCGAAAGCCCGUGAGAGUGGCCUCCACUGCCAAGCCUAAGGCCACCACCAAGAAACCCGUGACUCGAGUCUCCACCAAAGCCCCCAACAAGAAGGCAUCGGCUAGCAGCACCACCCGCAAGCCAGGCGGCACUCGGCGCACCACCCUGGCCCCCAAGACGACCGUCAGCACCAGGAAACCGGGCGCCUCGAAGAAGCCCACAAGACGCGUGAGCAGCACCGUGAAGACGACGACCGUGAGCUCGGCCCGGCCCGCCGACGAUGAGAUCGUGGACGAGGAGGACGAGGAGGAUGUCAAUCCGAAUCCCAGCGACAACGAAAUCGAUCAGGGAUCGACGCUCAGCUCCUACGGCGGAACGAAUGGCCGCAAGAUCCAAUGCGGCGUCCGACCCCACGUCAAGUCCGGCCGCAUUGUGGGCGGCAAGGGCUCAUCCUUUGGCGCCUUCCCCUGGCAGGUGCUGGUCCGCGAGUCCACCUGGCUGGGCCUGUUCACAAAGAACAAGUGCGGCGGUGUCCUGAUCAACAGUCGCUAUGUCGUCACCGCUGCCCAUUGUCAGCCUGGCUUUCUGGCCUCUUUGGUGGCCGUCAUGGGCGAGUUCGAUAUCUCCGGCGAUUUGGAGAGCAAACGUUCUGUUACCAAGAACGUGAAGCGCGUCAUCGUCCACCGUCAAUACGAUCCGGCCACGUUCGAGAACGAUUUGGCUCUCCUGGAGAUGGACAGUCCUGUGCAGUUCGAUACCCAUAUAGUUCCCAUUUGCAUGCCCAAUGAUGCGGCGGACUUCACUGGACGCAUGGCCACCGUGACCGGCUGGGGGCGUCUCAAGUAUGGCGGCGGUGUGCCCUCCGUUCUGCAGGAAGUGCAGGUGCCGGUUAUCGAGAACAGCGUGUGCCAGGAGAUGUUCCACACCGCUGGCCACAACAAGAAGAUUCUCAACUCGUUCCUGUGCGCUGGCUAUGCCAAUGGCCAGAAGGACUCGUGCGAGGGUGACAGUGGCGGUCCGUUGGUGUUGCAGCGUCCCGACGGGCGCUACGAGCUGGCCGGAACCGUUUCGCAUGGCAUCAAGUGUGCGGCGCCAUACCUGCCCGGUGUCUACAUGCGCACCACCUUCUACAAGCCCUGGCUGCGCAGCAUAACAGGAGUCAAAUAAGGUGUUGCCAGGGGAGCAGCAGUAGCAGCAGCAGCAACAUUAAGGGGCAGCAUCAGCAAGUGUAAAUAGAAAGUAGAGUUUAAAGAGUUGCGGAUAAAGGCGUGACCCAGACUGUUAAGCAUCCACGUCGCAUUUCCCAUUCUCUCCUCCUUCUCCGUGUCCCUCCAAGCCCCCCCCUCCGCCCCAGCAUCUAUCCUCAUUCCAUUAGUUUAACGAAAGCGAAAGCGAAAUACUCGACAGAUAUGUAGAUUCAAAGAUUCAGAUACUUUGAGGAGCGUGUUGCCGGCUCUGUGCCUGUUCGAAUACGCGUGCCUAACACUUGUAGAGUCUGAAUGAGAAUUACUCGUAUAUUUUAGUAGUUGCACGCUAAGAAGUACGCUAAGAAAUAUUUAUUCUAGUUCUAAGCCUAUUUAUUUAUUUAUUUGUAAACCUAUUAUCGCUGCAAUUUGAUUCAACUAAAAAAAAUUGUUAAUUUUCAUAGGCAAAUUGUUGUUAUGUUCCAGCGAAAGCGAAAGCGAAGAGAGAG